AUGGAGACCGACAGACAAGACAAGGAGGCUCCUUCGCUAACGAAACUCUCACGCCUGGCCCUGAAUCAGAAGAGCUCGGGUCGAAUCCCUGAUGGGAACACAUCGAACUCCCAGGAAGUGAAAUGUUGUCGCGACUUCUACGGAGCAGUUGCAGCAUGGGCGGCGUUACGUGUCUGGUGGGGGAUGUCAUUUGAGGGUGAGCUCUGUACAGAUCUCUUCAUAUUUCUUAUACUAGAUUUCGCUUGUGAAGGAUUUGUCAAUCCAGGUGGACAGCAUAAUAUAUACCUUACUCCGAGUGAUCUCCGAACUCGGCUGGCCGUUGCUGACGGUGCAGGAAGCAUCUUCGAGCGCCUCGCCCGCUCGCUGCACAGACGUCGCACUCAAGAGAGACCUGAGCCCGCCAUGAACACCUCUGCGUCAGGCACCUCCUCGUGGUCGUACAGCCUCAGGGCCAACUUCUACGCCCUGACGCCGGCUGAGACCUACUACGAGACCGUGUGGCAGGUGCCCAACAUAGUGGGCAAGGCCCUGCCCGUGAUGAUGCUGAUGUCCGUGAUCGAGGCGGUGGUUCUGAAGCUGACGAACCGGAGCAACAACUGGCGUCUCCACAUCGCCGUCCUCAACUACUCGUGCGGCAGCCUGUCCGAAUCCCUCUACAACUUCGUGUUCCGCGGCGCCGAGCUCUCCGCCUACAUCUGGGUCUACAGCAACUGGUGUCUCGGCUUCCUGGCCUGGGACUCCCUCUCCACGUACUUCCUGGCUCUGCUGGGCGUCGAAUUCUGCUACUACUGGUGGCACAGAGCGUCGCACGAGAUGAGCCUCAUGUGGGCCGCCCACUCCGCGCACCACAGCUCCGAGGAUUUCAACAUGACGGUGACCGCCCGCACCUCGUGGACCAUGAGGCCUUUUAGGUGGAUCUUCUUCCUCCCCCUCGCCUUCCUCGGCCUGCCGCCGUCCGCCUUCUUGAUUCAUCAGCAACUCUCCUACGUCUACGCCGGCUGGACGCACAACGAGACCGUGCCCAAGCUGAGCAAGGUCAUCCCCGGCUUGGGUCACGCCAUCGAGUUCGUCUUCAUGACUCCGAGUCACCACCGCGUCCACCACGGCGCCAACAGGUACUGCAUCGACAAGAACUACGGCCAGACGUUCAUCAUCUUCGACCGCCUCUUCGGCACCUUCGCCGAGGAGCGCGACGACGAGCCNUAUAUAAUAUAUAUAUAA